UAGCGCUGCAGCCGAGGCCCGCGCCGUCGGGGCUCCCGGGACGCCGCCGCCGGGGCGCGGUCCGGACGUGGCGGGGCCAUGGAGCUCUGGCCGUGGCUGACCGCGGCGCUGCUGCUGCUGCUGCUGCUCGUGCAGCUAAGCCGCUCGGCCAGGUUCUACGCCAAGAUCACCCUGUACUGCGCGCUCUGCGUCUCGGCCUCCAUGGUGGCCGCGGUCGUCUGCCUGCUGCGCCACCACGGCCGGACAGUGGAGAACAUGAGGAUCAUCAAAUGGUUUGUCUUGAAGUUCAAGUAUGUGUUCGGCCUUCGUUUCGAGAUAAAGGGUCUCCAGAAGCUGGAGGUGGACCACCCCUGUGUCAUCAUUUCUAACCACCAGAGCAUUCUGGACAUGAUGGGCCUGAUGGAGGCCCUGCCUAAGCGCUGCGUGCAGAUCGCCAAGCGGGAGCUGAUCUUCUUGGGGCCCGUCGGUCUGAUCAUGUACCUCGGGGGCAUCUUCUUCAUCAACCGGCAGCACUCCAGGACCGCCGUGACCGUGAUGGCCGACGUGGGCGAGCACAUGGUCAGGGACAACCUCAAAGUGUGGAUCUACCCUGAGGGCACGCGGAAUGACAACGGGGACCUGCUGCCCUUCAAGAAAGGCGCCUUCUACCUGGCGAUCCAGACCCAGGUGCCUAUUAUCCCCGUGAUAUACUCCAGCUUCUCCUCCUUCUACAACCCCAAGACGAAGCUCUUCACCUCAGGAACCAUCAAGGUGGAAGUGCUGGAUGCCAUCCCCACCAGGGGCCUCACGGUGGCCGAUGUCCCCAAGCUGAUGGACACCUGCCACCGGGCCAUGAGGACCACCUUCCUCCGUGUGUCCAAGACACCCCAGGAGAAUGGGGCAACCGCAGGGCCUGGUUCCCAGCCAGCCCAGUAGCUGAGGCCUGGGCUGGGGCAGGACCUGGGGACAGGACAGGCUGGGCCAGGGGCAGGGCCUGGCUGGAGACGGGACAGAGGGACAUCUUCCCUGCCCU